GCUGGGCCGCGCAGCGUGUGACGCCGCAGCCGCCGCGCGGAGCCGGGGAUUAAUGGGAAAAGUUUUGGCAGGAGCCGGAGGCGCCUGCGGAGCCUGUGGGACGGCGGCGGCGGCGGCGCGGGGGGCAGCCGGGACAGGCUGACGGGAACUGCCCUGUAGAGAUCCGUCUGCGUCCAGACCCAGAUGAUGCCAGAGCUAUGACCGGGCCUGCAGGCGUGGCGCCCAGGGGAAGUCAGCCAUGGAGCAGCCCCCGGAGGAAGCCCCUGAGGCCCGGCCAGAGGAGGAGAAAGAGGAAGCGGCCAAGGCAGAAGGAGCCCCAGAGCUCAACGGGGGACCAGAGCACUCACUUCCUUCCAGCAGCUACACAGACCUCUCCCAGAGCUGCUCUCCACUCUCACUGCUGGACCAACUGCAGAUGGGCUGUGACGGGGACUCGUGUGGCAGCCUCAACAUGGAGUGUCGGGUGUGCGGGGACAAGGCGUCGGGCUUCCACUACGGUGUUCACGCGUGUGAGGGAUGCAAGGGCUUCUUCCGUCGGACGAUCCGCAUGAAGCUGGAAUACGAGAAAUGUGAGCGAAUCUGCAAAAUCCAGAAGAAGAACCGCAACAAGUGCCAAUACUGCCGCUUCCAGAAGUGCCUGGCCCUGGGCAUGUCGCACAAUGCCAUCCGCUUCGGCCGGAUGCCAGAGGCUGAGAAGAGGAAGCUGGUGGCGGGGCUGAGAGCCAACGAGGGGAGUCAGCACAACCCCCAGGUGGCCGACCUGAGGGCCUUCUCCAAGCACAUCUACAGCGCCUACCUGAAGAACUUCAACAUGACCAAAAAGAAGGCCCGCGGCAUCCUUACCGGCAAGGCCAGCCACACGGCGCCCUUUGUGAUCCACGACAUCGAGACGCUGUGGCAGGCGGAGAAGGGCCUGGUCUGGAAGCAGCUGGUGAACAGUCUGCCCCCCUACAAGGAGAUCAGCGUGCACGUCUUCUACCGCUGCCAGUGCACCACGGUGGAGACCGUGCGUGAGCUCACCGAGUUCGCCAAGAGCAUCCCCAGCUUCGGCGACCUCUUCCUCAACGACCAGGUGACCCUGCUGAAGUACGGCGUGCAUGAGGCCAUCUUCGCCAUGCUGGCCUCCAUCAUCAACAAGGACGGGCUGCUGGUGGCCAACGGCACCGGCUUCGUCACCCGGGAGUUCCUGCGCAGCCUCCGAAAGCCCUUCGGUGACAUCAUUGAGCCCAAGUUCGAGUUUGCCGUCAAGUUCAAUGCCUUGGAACUUGACGACAGUGACCUGGCCCUCUUCAUCGCGGCCAUCAUUCUCUGCGGAGACCGGCCAGGCCUCAUGAACGUGUCUCAGGUGGAGGCCAUCCAGGACACCAUCCUGCGUGCCCUCGAGUUCCACCUGCAGGCCAACCACCCCGACUCCCAGUACCUCUUCCCCAAACUGCUGCAGAAGAUGGCUGACCUGCGGCAGCUGGUCACGGAGCACGCCCAGCUGAUGCAGCGCAUCAAGAAGACCGAGACCGAGACCUCGCUGCACCCCCUGCUCCAGGAGAUCUACAAGGACAUGUACUGAAGGCGGCGGUCAGGGCCGGCACUCGCCGGGGCCUCUCCCAUGACCAGCCCCUGAGCACGGGCACCCAAGCAGCGGGAUCACUCAUGCGGCAGGACUCACGGCUUCUGGCUCCCCACCCUAGCCUCCCUCCCCUCCCCCUCAGCGCCUCUGGCUUCCCUCCUUUCUCAGCUCUUUCUCUUCCUUCCUCACUGUAGAUCUCAUGCUUCCUCCUCUCUCCCCCUCCCCUUGUCUGUCCUUAUUUGUCUUCCCCUGAGACAGUUUAUCACUUCACCAGCAGCUAGAGCAGGGCCCGAGCAGGAGGGGUGCGGCCUGCCCUCUGUUCUAUGGUCACCUUCUCCCGUCUUCAAGGCCAAGGACCCCAAAGAAACACUAAAUGCUCUGGGCCUGGCUUCCUGGGGAAGCCAAGCAGCCCUGAGUUGACUACAGAGCAACCCCUCAUCCCUGGGUCCCUGGUGGGGGCCGCCUCCCCCAGAUGGUCACUGCCCUGCUGAGGCCACGGCUGCCCCCUCCGCCAAUACCUGCCAUCCUCCUGGUCUUCUUUUCACUGAUCUUCCAGGCCAGCGUCACUGAUGGCCCCCUGUGCUGGCCGCUGGGGUACACCCCUCCAGCCUGGAUAGAGGUGGGGUUCCCUCCGGGUGGGGGUCCCCACACCUCCACUGAAGAGAAGCGAGCUUCCUGGGAGAUAGAGGUUGCUGGGGUGGGUCCCCCACCAGCACCUCAGCUCCCCCCCCUGCAGCUGCCGAGUCCUGCCACUGUCAGCUCCCCAGCUCCCACCGCCCUGCUCCCGCCCAGCUGCAGCUGCGGCCACACACUCCCCCCAGCACACACCCCGAGAGCACUGAACUCACUUUACCUGGGGGCUCCUCGCCCCCUCCCUCCCCUCCUGGAGGCAAGUGAGGGCCCAGAGAGGCCAGGGGUGGCCCCACAACUUCUCCCCGUUCCCUGGGCUGGGCUGGAUCUCUGGGUGGGUGAGUGGGGUGGGUCCUGCGAACCCAGCCCAGCACCUGCUCACAGAUCCUGCACAUCUGUGACCCCCAUUUGUCGCAAUAGCUCUGCUGUGCUCCCCUUUCCUUGUAUUUGGCCCAGCUGGCCGCCUGGAACUCCCCCUGCACCACCUUGCCUGACCAGGACCUCGCCUGGCCCAGCCCCACUCCUUGCCCAGUUCCUCCCCCCAGUGACGAGCACUUACCACCUCCACCUCAGGAGGGAACGCAGCUUGGAGGCUGACCGAAUGGAGAGCAGAGCCCGCCCAGACUGCCUUUCCAGAGGGAAGUGGACCUGGAGGGGUGAGGGGCUGGCUGGGGUCACUGAGAAAGGUGGCAGGAGACACGGGGUGAGAGCCCAGGCUUCCUGGGUCCUGUCUCGUCUUCCCCAGGGGCCCUUCCACACCCCCCAAUCACUCUCUGUGGCAAAAUUCUCCCCUCUGGUCCCUGUUCUCCCCUCCCCGCCCUCUCUCCCCGCCACACACGCCAUCCUCAUCCCCCACCCGGUCUGAUACUGAGGAUCGCAGCUCUUCUCAGUGUCUGAACAGUCUCCAAAAUGGAAAUGUAUAUUUUUGCUAGGAGCUCCAGCUUCCUGUGUUUUUAAUAUAAAUAGUGUAUACAGACUGAUGGAACUUUAAAUAAAUGGGAAUUAAAUAUUUAAGAAUUGA